UUCCUCCAAUCAGCUUUCUCAAAAUUCUCUAGCGGUCUGUUCAAAACACAGAACCGACCGCUGAACAGCGUUCCUGUUACGGACGGUGUAACGUUAGCUAGCUAGCUAGCUGUAACAAUCUGGAAAAGAGACGAAGGAAGCUUGUGAGCGUUUUAGUAUUUCCACAAUGGCAGAAGGAGGAGAUAUGGAAUGGGAGCUAAGCAAAGAAAACAUCCAACCACUGCGACGGGGCAGAGCCAUAUCAGCCUUACAUGAGGCGCUCAGUCUACAACAGGAUGGACUCAGCUCUGCUAUCAACCAGCAGAGACAGGCCUUUGAGUCUGAACUGCGUAUGUAUGACGGAGAUGAUCCACUUGAUGUUUGGGAUCGUUAUAUUAAGUGGACCGAGCAAACCUUCCCUCAGGGAGGAAAAGAGAGCAACCUUGCCACACUGUUGGAACGAGCUGUGACCAGAUUCACAGAGGAAAAGAAAUAUCAUGAUGACCCUCGCUAUGUUGAUCUCUGGAUCAAAUUUGCAGAAAACUGCCCGGAGCCCUUGGACAUUUUCAGGUAUAUGCAAGCACAGGGAAUUGGAGUGACACAGGCAUCCCUCUACAUCGCUUGGUCUGAAGAAUAUGAGAAUCAGGGCAAUUGUCGCAAAGCAGACCUGGUCUACCAGGAAGGAUUCAAGAAGUGUGCGGAGCCGCAUGAUAAGCUCCUACAGUUUCACAAGGCUUUGCAGGCACGCGUGUCCCGACAGGUGAUGAUGAAUGUGGAGGAGGAUAGCGAUGAUGAGCCUAAACAACCCGAGAGAGUUUCACUUGCUGAGCUCAAACACAGAGGGAAGAAAAAGGCCAUCGCCCCCAUCAACAGAACUGGGUCUGCAAUCAGAAGUAUUUCUGGAGGCAUGCAGUCACACGGUGCCCCUGUCCUGGGCAAUGCUUCAAACAGUCGGUUGGUGGUCUUUGAUGAGAACAAGACUCAAAGUGCUGGCCCUUCAGAGCCCAAGUUAGAGGCGUGGGCAGCCCCUCCCACUUCCAGGGCAAAGGAGAACGAGCGGAAUCCUGAAAAAUGGUGUGGUGUCAAGGUGCCCCAGAAGUCCAAAUUCGGACAUACCGUUAUGGCCCCACCACCUCCCAAACCCACCUUCCAACCAUUUGUUGAGGAGUCGGACCAGCCUCCAACAAUGACUCCUUGUAAAAUCAACCCGGCAGUGAACACCGUUUUAUCAGCACGUAAGCCCCACCGAGAGGAAACUCCUCUAAAGAGACUACAGGAGCACCAUCAGCAGCAGAAGGAAGCAGAAUCAGGAAAACUACAGGAGCAGAGCAUGUACUGUAAAGAGCUGCUGCUCAGUGGCGCCACUGAAUUCUGCUUUGAGGAACUGCGUGCUGAACGCUACUUCAAAAAAGUGACACCAGAGGUCAGAGGUCAAAUGGAUCAAGCUUGCGCCAGUGCUUCAAACUGAUGCAUCUAAAAGUUGACACUUUUUUUAAACAAAUUUUUGCCUUCAUUUACACAUGAUUUAUCUGCAAGUAUCAUGUUGUUAGUGACUGUAUUGUGUGUUAUCCUGCUGUAAAUAUUUUGUUUUUUCCAGUUACUCCGAAAGGUAAAAAGACAAAAACGCUUUGAACUAAAGACAAAGUAUUUUAGUUGUUUGAUUCACUAUAAAACAGUGGGGGGGACAAAGAACCUGUACGAUGUAAUUUAAUCCAGUGCAAAAAAAACAAACAGUUGACAAUAGUGUGGAACAUUUACACAAUUUCACCAAACAAAUGAAAAUAACAGUAUUU